UCCCGGCUGGACAUACAGGUUAUUUUGUUACUGAAAUCUUAGGGUGCACUUAACCUGCCAACGUUUAUGAAUUGUUCAUUGUCUACCUAGAUGCGCGUACUAAAGAAACUAGCUUAGCUGAAACAAACUAACUGAAAAACGACGUUAGAAAGUUUUUCCUUCGCCUACACAACUGCGCUGAUAUCUUAUUGGAAAGUAUGAAUCCCAGUUGCUUUAACUUGCAGGGCAGUAGGACCCCAGGAACCAAUAUUGGUCCAGUAUGGAAUUGCCAAAAUUCCUCUAUGUUUUCUCCUUGUAAUUCUUCAGUUUCCCCGUUUACAGAGCCGUUUUACCGCACGUUUACAGUCAGUUACUCAAACAACGGUGUUCCAGUCACAACCAUAACGCCAACUUGUGCACCAACAAGGAACUCCCAGGAGUGGCUGUUACAAGAUCAAGUAUACCCAUCAAUUGCCGUUCCUGAAGCGCCACAAUCAGACUCUAGUGAUCCUCCCGAUAUGAUUGCACACAAAAGAUUGUUUGCUCAGAACACAAAUACAUCCCUGAAUCCACCACAGGCCUCCUCAUCUUUUCUCUUGCCUGGAGUAUGUGUCAGUACUUCGGUCAGUGACUGUUCAUCUCUUCCUGGUGUGUCUCUUGAAUCACCCGUAGGGUUUUACGUACCAGUAAGUACUCAGGAAAGGCCUGUUGAUCUUGGCGAUAACAAUCAAGAUAGAAGCAUUUCUUCGUUUGAGUUGAACUACUUUCAUGACAGUCAGUGUGUCUGCACCACGUGUUUAAAAGCUACAAGUGGGAACUCUGAAGGCAGCGUUAGUAAUUCUGACAGUUACUCUCCGCUGGCUGUGAGCGACCCCACCGUCUCCGACCUUCAGUCUUCUUUAGAGUUAUAUCAGAACCCUGAAGACAUUUUCGACCCUGACAUUUUUAAGCUGGACCUCAGUACUAAACCAAGAAAGGAAAGGACAGCGUUUACUAAACAUCAAAUCCGGGAACUGGAGAACGAAUUUGCACAACAUAACUAUUUGACAAGACUACGACGAUAUGAGAUUGCAGUGGCAUUGGAUCUCACAGAACGACAGGUUAAAGUAUGGUUCCAGAACCGCAGAAUGAAAUGGAAACGAACGAAAGGCGCUCAGUUGACGGCUAGGGACAAAGUGAAUCGUAAAAUUGAGACUUUUCCUCUAGAAAAUUCAUCUUAAGCAACACAAAAAAUUGAUGUACUCAGUACGUCUUCUACAUGUAUUACAGCUGUUUCUGGACGAUAUUUGACUCUACGUGCUUUUGAGCAGACACCAUGCGUGUAUGUAUGUAAAUAUAUACUAGUUCAACAAGUUUAUGAAACUUUCGAUGUUUUUUUAUUCUCGAAAGUUUGAAUCACUUCUUUAGAACAUGCAUUCUUUACAUAUAAAAUAAAUAUGAACUUUAUUAUAUGAUCUCUACAGUUGAAGCAAAAAAUGAUAAUACCCAGGCAAACUUAUUUUAAAUAGAACGAGGUUACAGUGUG